AUGGUUGUAGAUAUGUUCGAUCUGAUAGUUUUUCUUUGCCUAUUCCAUGUGAUUCAUGCUAACGUUGAAACUUUGCAAUUCGAAAGUGCUUGUGUGAAAGAAUCGACUGUUGUUCAAUUGCGUCUUCGUUGUUCAUUAUAUGAACAUAUCGAAAUAAUUCGUGUUAUAUAUGGUUAUUCAAAACAACGACUAACAAAUCAAUGUCAAUUUAGUAUCUAUGAUUGUAUACAAGAAGGUGCAAGUGAAAAUAUUCUCUCAUGUAACGGUAAACAAACAUGUGCGAUUGAUUUAACUAAAACUGAAAUGUUUUCAACAACAAUAACAACAAAAGGUGUGCCAACUUGUUCGGAUUUUAAUUAUGUACAAGUUAAUUUCGGUUGUGUACUCGAUGCAAAAGAUAUUUGCGAUAGUUGGAAAGAUGAAGCAGCCAUUAUUCAUUUGAGCCAUACGAAUUCAAAAGAAAAACAACAUAAUGAAUGUCAAUGUAAAGUACGUUCAUCGUUAUCCAGCGGACAAGUUUUACUUCGUGCAAGAGAAAUCAAUCGACAAUUUGGAAAUCUAAAAGAUUUAAGACCUUCAAAAGAUUCAAAUACUAACUGUAAAACGACCACUUAUUUAGAAAUUUCUACCGAUCGAUCGGAACGAAAAUGUAUGGACAAUUUACCGUCAAAUGGUAAUGCACUAUUCGGCUCUGGCUCACAUAAUUUUACGUUGAAUUACAUUCGAAAUGAUCCGUCGUCAGAACUCUUCUUCUACUUUGAACUAACAGCAAGUCCUAUAAAAAGCGAUCAUUAUGUGCAAAUUAUUUGUAAUUGGGCUAGGCGUACAACAACAGUACGUACAACAUUAGCAAGGGCACGUAAACGUAAAUUAACUACGAUUAAUAUGUCAUAUGGACUAAAACUGAGUCGUCUUGAUCUUAUUCGACAUCCGCCAACAUCAAACGAUAAUCUUGAAGUAGAUGAAGAUGCUAGUAUUUCAUCGGCGGUUGAUGUCGAUGAAACAGAAGCUACUACAGUAAUUAGUGAACCAGAAAGUGAUGAAGACGAAGAAACAGAUACGGCAAAGAAUCAUAAAAUAAAGCCAUUGAAAUCAAAGAAAAAAGGAAAAGCUGAAUCAUCUAAAGCAAUCUCAAUUGAAACAACAACUACAGACACACUAUCCGUGGUUAAUGAUGAGCAAUGGUUACCUCUAUUAUCGGCAGAUUCAUUUGAUUCUCUAUCAGCUUCGGAACAAUUCUUUCCUUUUAAUAAUGAUUCGUUCAUGAAUUCAGCACAAGCUUCGAUUGUACCUGUAGAACAACAAUCUCGAAUGAAAUUAUCAAAAGCUAAAGUUUUUAUGAUGUCUUCUCUUCUAGUUUCUAUUACAACUUUUAUUCUUUGCAUUUAUUGUGUCAAAGUUACCCAAUGUGGCUGUAUUCAACGUUUAAAAAUAAAUUUCACUAUCGCAUUACUGUUUUGCUGUGAAGCUGGUAAAUUAUUAUUUUCUUCUUCAAAUAAAACAAAUUCAAAUACGCCCACUAGUACGAUUGACCGUUAUCCUCAUCAUAAUCGCCAUCGCCGAUCGCCAUCAUUACCAGCUGAUGACUAUCGAUCAGCGGAUUAUUAUAUGAAUCAUACAGUAAAUAAUUUUCAUACAAUGCAAAGUAUUUAUGAUUAUGAUGGUGGCGGUGGUGGUGGUGAAAAAUCAGUGUACAAUAUUGAUAAUUAUACUGAAGAUAAUUAUGGUAAUCAACCACCACGAUCUAUGUAUACAACUCAAUAUGAUCGUUAUAGUGCAGUCGAUACUUGUUGA